AUAUGGGUACUUUGCGCAGCUGUGUGCAGCUUUGACACUCACAAACACAGCAGUCACAAACGGGGACAUGGGACCGUGAAAGUAUGGCGGAUGCCGAGGAGCCGGAGAAGAAAAGAAGGCGAAUAGAGGACGUGACUGAGAAAAUGGCUGUAGAUGGUGGACACAGGGACGGCGGUUGCGACUGGGAUGGCCGGUGGAAUCAUGUGAGGAAGUUUUUGGAGAGACCUGGCCCCUUCACCCAUCCUGACUUUGAGCCGAGCACCGAGUCUCUACAGUUCUUGUUGGAGACAUGCAAGAUUCUGGUCAUUGGCGCAGGAGGACUUGGGUGUGAACUCCUAAAAAAUCUGGCCCUGUCUGGGUUUCGCCUUAUUCAUGUGGUUGACAUGGACACAAUUGAUGUGUCCAACCUCAACAGGCAGUUUCUUUUCAGGCCCAAAGAUGUCGGACGACCAAAGGCAGAAGUGGCUGCCGACUUCAUCAACAGUCGUAUCCCUGGAUGUAAAGUUGUCCCUCACUAUAAGAAGAUCCAAGACUUUGAUGAUUCUUUCUACAGGCAGUUCCACAUCAUCGUCUGUGGACUGGACUCCAUCAUUGCCAGACGCUGGAUGAACGGGAUGCUGAUAUCCCUCCUGAGCUUUGAAGACGGAGUCCUGGAGCCCAGCUCCAUCAUCCCCCUCAUUGACGGAGGAACGGAGGGCUUUAAAGGCAACGCUCGUGUCAUUCUGCCCGGCAUGACGGCAUGCAUCGACUGCACGUUGGAGCUGUACCCGCCACAGAUUAAUUUCCCCAUGUGCACCAUAGCGUCGAUGCCUCGGCUACCAGAACACUGCAUUGAAUAUGCCAGAAUCUUACAGUGGCCCAAAGAAAAGCCAUGUAGGGAUACGAGCUUAGACGGAGACAAUCCAGAGCACAUCCAGUGGGUGUUUGAAAGAGCCCAGGAAAGAGCUGCGGAGUUUAACAUUACAGGAGUGACAUACAGACUCACUCAAGGAGUCGUGAAGAGGAUUAUUCCUGCCGUGGCAUCAACCAACGCUGUCAUUGCUGCUGCCUGUGCCACUGAAGUUUUUAAAAUUGCGACGAGUGCAUAUAUUCCUUUAAAUAAUUACCUGGUCUUCAAUGACGUGGAUGGACUGUACACCUACACGUUUGAAGCUGAACGAAAGGAGAAUUGUUCAGCCUGCAGCCAGGUCCCUCAGGAUCUCCAGUUCCCUUCUUCUGCCAAAUUACAGGAGGUUUUAGAGUACCUAACAGAGAACGCCUCUCUACAAAUGAAAUCCCCGGCUAUCACCACAACUCUGGAAGGGAAGAAUAAGACGCUGUAUUUGCAGUCCGUUAAAUCCAUUGAGGAGCGGACAAGGCCCAACCUUUGCAAGACUUUGAAAGAGCUGGGCUUGUCAGAUGGACAGGAACUGGCUGUGGCCGACAUCACCACGCCCCAGACGGUUCUCUUCAAGCUCAAUUUCACCACCUGAACACUCGACACUGACGUGAAGUUGACGGCAUCUGAAUGCAAACCGAGUCAUCACAAGGUCACUGUGACGUCGCAGUAGCACAUUUGAUACGACAAUGUAAAUAAUGAGUGAGGUUUCACUUGUGGGAUUGUAUUGGUUUGUCAUAUGAAUUUGAAAUAAUUUAACAGAAUUGUUUUCUUUUCUAUUAGUGACGUUGUUUACUUCUUGAUGUAUUUGUCCUGCUUCGACUUCUAUUGUAGCUACUUCCCUGUCAAUCAAAAUGAGGAUAAUGAUGUGCACUAUGCUCUAAUAAAGUUUUAUUGUCAUGGUUGUA